AUGGCUUCAUCUUCUUCCUCUGCUCCAUCUUCUCAAUCUCCAAAGAAAUAUGAUGUUUUUAUUAGCUUUAGAGGUGAGGACACCCGCUUCAACUUCACAAGCCACCUUCAUGAAGCUCUUCGCAGAAACCAAAUAGAUACAUACAUCGACUACAGACUUGAGAAAGGAGAUGAGGUAUGGCCGUCUCUUGAGAAAGCCAUUGAAGAUUCAACUCUAUUCCUUGUGAUCUUCUCAGAAAACUAUGCAUCUUCCACGUGGUGCCUGAAGGAGCUUGCAAAAAUAUUAGAGUGCUCCAAAAAUCAAGGUUGCUUUGUUAUGCCGGUGUUCUAUAGAGUGGAUCCUUCACAUGUGAGGAAGCAGUCCUGGAGUUACGAGAGAGCAUUUGAGGAACAUGAGCGCAAAAGAAACAUCAGCAAUCAACAACUACAAAAGUGGAGGGAGGCUCUUACUCAAGCCGCCAAUUUGUCCGGUUGGCAUUGUAGCUUCAAUAGGGAUGAAGCGGAGCUAAUUAAAGAAAUAGUGAAUCAAGUCAUGCAAAAGUUGGGCCCUAGGUAUCAAAGUGAAUAUUAUCUAAAAGGCUUGAUUGGAAUUCACAAAAGAAUGGCAGAUGUAGAAUCAUUGUUGGACAAAGGUUCAAACAAUGGUGGCUGUCAAUUCAUUGGAAUUUGGGGGAUGGGCGGUUUAGGCAAGACAACUCUUGCAGAAGCAUUAUUUAACAAAUUGCUUUUUACAUAUGAAGGGUUUUGCUUUCUGAACGUAAGGGAAGAAUCAAAGAAAUAUGGAAUGGAUGCUUUAAGAAGAGAACUCCUUUGGAGGUUAUUAGGGGAUAAAGAAUCUCACAUUGGCAAUGCAAUAUAUCCUCAUACCAUAAUAAGUAGGCUCCGUCAGAAAAAAGUUUUAAUUGUGCUUGAUGAUGUUGAUGAUGUUCAACAAUUAGAAAAUUUAGUUGGAAGAUGUGAAUUUGGAUUAGGUAGUAAAAUCUUGAUAACAACCAGAGAUAGGCAAGUGCUUGCUUGUAUAAAAGUGGUCGAUAUGUACGCUCUUGAUUGUUUGAAUCAAGAUGAAGCUUUUGAUCUAUUCUACAUCAAUACCUUUAGAAAUGACUAUGCUGACCUGAAGAUAAGAAAGCUAGCACAAGAAGUGACUGAAUAUGCAGGUGGAAAUCCAUUGGCCCUAAAGGGAGGUAUUGAAGGCAUGAUUAUUAACCUUUCAGAAGUUGAAGAGAUGUGGGUAAUUAUUAAAGCAUUUGAUUCAAUGCCCAAUCUAAAGCUUCUUAAGGUUUAUGGAGAUUUGAAUGGACAGCCUGGGAACAAGUUAAAUGCUUCUGGCAUGAAGUUUCUGUCAAGAAAUCUCGUGCUAUUGGAUUGGGUGCGAUGCCCUUUAGAGUCAUUACCAGCGACAUUGAAGGCUGAAAGUCUUGUUCGACUGGAAAUGCCCUUCAGCAGAUUGACAAGACUUUGGGAUGGAGUGCAGAAUCUUGUGAACUUAAGUAAAAUUAUGCUCCGUCAAUCAAAAGACUUGAUUGAACUCUCAGAUUUUUCCAAGGCCACACGUCUUGAAAAGGUUGAUCUCGAGCGGUGCUCAAAAUUACGGAGUGUACAUCCAUCUAUUUUAUCUCUCCACAGCUUGCGCGCUUUAUUGCUACACGGGUGCACGUCCCUUACCAGCCUUAAAAGCGAUACCCAUCUCCAAUCUCUCAUUCUGCUCGAUGCAAGUUAUUGCUCAAGUCUGGAGGAAUUUUCAGUGACCUCAGAAAAUGAAGAUCUCUGUUUACAUCUUUCAGGAACUGCCAUCAGUGGUGCGUUGCGCUCAUCGAGUGGGCAUCGCAGCAAAAUUCGCUCAUUAUUUCUAUUCGGCUGCGGAAAUGUGACAAGCGUUCACAAGUUGAUUAAGCUGCGAGACCUUCGAAAUCUUGAUGCUGGAGGGUGUAAUGAGCUCGCAUCACGUCUCCUGUUCAAGUGUGAUAAGAUGGGUGCUUUGGAAAGUCCAUGGCUUGCGUAUUGCAAUGAACUAUCUGAACUUCCUAAUGACAUCAGGUUGCUGUCAUCAUUACGUUUCUUAGAUCUCUCACUGUCUCGUGUGCAGACCUUGCCUUCGAGCAUCAAACAUUUUUCACGCCUGCAAUGUCUUAGACUGGAUGGAUGUAAAAGGCUUCGUUGUCUACCAGAGCUCCCUCCCUCUAUCUUGCAAUUGAUUGCCCCUAACUGCAUAUCCCUUGAGACCAUACAAUAUUCACCUUUGACAAAGGAAGGUGAAGAAGGAAAAGAUAAGGCAUGUCCGCUCUUUUUAUUCACAAAUUGCAAGAAGCUGAAUCGACGGUCAAUCAAAGAUGCUGAGGCAAGAGUGCUACUUGGGAUAAAGAAAGCCACUUAUGACUAUGCUCGAUUGGAAUAUCCAGGAAAAAGAGUUCCAAGGUGGCUCAUGUAUAGGGAUAAAGGGUCUUCGGUGUCUGUGAAUCUCAGUUCGAUUCCAAAUUCUGAGGAUGGGGGAUUCAUUUUCUGCGCCGUCUUUUCUAAAUUACCAUCAGCCGUGGGAGAAAACAUUGAUGCCAAAUGGUUUAUUGAUGGUAAAUAUGCUUGCAGGGCCGCUAAAAGGUCGCUUUACCUGGGUCCGCCGUGGUUCUCAAAGGAUGUUGAUCUUUGGCAUGUUGUUCUUUGGUGUGUUCCUGAUUCACUUGGAGAACUAAAAAGGAAAAUUGAAGAAAGGAAAAGAAAUGGUCAGAGCAACAUGGAGCUUAAAGUUAAAUUCGAAGUUCGUUCGGAUCAUGACAGAAUAACAGAGAUCAAAAGGUGUGGAGUAUGCCCAACAUCUGCAGUUGAAUAUCAAGAUGGUGACAUUAAACAAAUUCAAUUGCCAUUGCCUCAUCAGCCGGGCUCUAAUGCAAUGGAAGCAGCCUCUCGAAAGCGCAAAUAUCGGAGCUAG